CAACCACUCAAACUCCAAAAUCGCCAAAAUGAAGUUCACCAUCCUCACCUCCCUCUUCUUCACGGCUCUCUCCGUCAACGCCGCCGUCAUCGAAUCCGACACCUCGGUUCUCCGCCGCGACAUCUUUGCCCGCCAAAACGCCGGCCGCCCCGUCCCCAGUGGUACCUGCUGCGUCGCCAACACCAGCUUGAAGCAGGAUGUUUGCAAUGUCAAUGGCCAGACGGGGAGGUGUGUGCCUGCAAGCGUCAACAACUGCGGCGAGCGAUUGACGUGCAUUGAGGACUCGAGGUUGACUUGCAACGCCAAGGUGUUGGAGAGGGGAAGGCCUUUGUGCAGACUUCGCCAGGGUGCGUAA